AGAAAAGGAUACAAUAUUCUUAAAGGAUUUUACAAUAAGUUUUAAUUAUUUAAACCUAUUCGCAUUGUGUGAAUGACUUCUAGAAUUUGAGGUUUGUUUGUUUGGCUCCUUUGAUAGGCUGUAUAAAGCUAUGUAGAUAGAUGUCUGAUAUAUUUUUCUCUAUGAUGUGCUUUUUUUCCCCUCCCCUUUGCCUGAGUUUGCAGACCUACUGUGAAUAGGCUUAACCUGCCAAUAAAGAGGGAUUUAGUGCUGUCCUCUGCAGUAUGUGCAGUGAGUUCUGGCUGUAAUAAGUCCAAUUUAACUUAUUGGUGCUAGCAGAGGCCAAUCAACUUAUUGCUUGAAAUAAGUAAUAAAUGGCAGGGUAUGGGGAGGAAAUGGGGUUUGUUCUUAAACCCAGUUCCCUGUGCAAACAAAUUCCCUGUGAAGACAUCAUGAAAGCUGGGUUUCCUGGUAAUAAACACAAUGCUUCUAUGGAUUCUGGAUGUUAUCACUACAAUGGAAAAUAUGUGUAUUUCAGGCAUAGCCUCCUUUUUUAUGCUUCUUGGCCUGUAAGAGCAAACACAGCCUGAAUUGCACCUUAGUCAGCGUCUCUUGAUUUUCAGUUUCACUGCACUGGAAACAAUGCUGUCCGAAUACCAUGCAACCAUAGAGAUCACAGAAAAUGUAGAGCCCAGGAGUGCUGGGCAAAUAAAGCCACAACAAGGUAACAUUAUCGGUUUCACAGCUAAUGUAAAUGUUAUCACUUAUAAUACACAAUCAUGAAAAUAGAACUACAAAUCAUGACAGUGACUGCGUGCUUGAAGAAUGAUUAAGAUUAAAUCCAAGGUGGGUGCAGGAGAACUCCCGUGGAAUGCAGAGUUGACACUGAAGAGUGUUGACUCACUCCCCCAAAUAAAUGUCAAGCAACAGUCAAGCCUAUAAGAGACCCCUCACUGUGACCUGGAGUUUUUCACUCCUGCUGAGGGAGCAGAUAUACAGGGUCUCAUCUGGAACCCAUUCUGAAGAAACAUCCAGCAGCAGGUGCUUUUUCAUUUCCAGAUCAAGCAGUGAAAUGGGUGGAGUCAAAAGAAAUAUCCUUCUGUACUCAUUGUGCUGCUGCUAUGUGAUCCCAGAAUAUCUGUGCACCGGACUUCAUUCACAGACUGUGCGAUUUUCAUCUCAAGUUGGUAUUCAUGUGGAGCAGCAGUCCAUGUGCCCUCAGAUAAGUGUCGGGGAGGAUCGUUUCCCAGGAUUUUAUAUUAUGUCUCAGUUCCACAUUGCUGAGCUGGCAAGAAGGGGCACUGUGAAAAAGGUUAUUGGAUCAUCUCCUCAGCAUGUUGCUUAUCAAAUAGGCCCAGCAUUCAACUUCAGAAUCAACACAAGAUCAGCUUAUCCCCUGGGACUACCGGAAGAAUUUGUAUUUGUGGCUGUGCUACGCAUGAGUGCCAGCACCAUAAAUAAAAACUGGAAUAUCUGGCAAAUGCAGGAUAUGAAUGGCAACGAGCAGCUGGCCGUCAGACUCAACGGGGAGUCUAAGUCUCUGGAGUUUACCUUCACGGCGCUGGGCAGUGGCAGGCAGACUGUUGUUUUCAGCCCCCUGGCUUCUUUUUUCAAUGAUCAGUGGCACAGAGUCCUGCUGGACUUCCGCAGGCGCUCCGUUACCCUUUUGGUCGACUGUGUCAUGAUCGGGUCUCAAAGCAUACCACCCCGGCAAAAAGUCAGUCUGGAUGGGUUCACGUUGAUAGGAAAACUCAAGGACAACCCAGUGAUGGCGAUCCCGUUUGAACUCGAGUCAAUGCUGAUUCACUGCGAUGUGACGCGCGCCAGGACUGAAGCUUGUUAUGACCUCCCAGCCAGGACAUCGACUGAUGUGACAGAGGUGCAGAGGAGUGACGGACCUUCUGGCCCUCCUGGACCUGCAGGUGUACCGGGAAUUGAUGGCAUUGCUGGGGAGAGGGGAGCAGAUGGCGAAGAUGGUCCUCCUGGACCUGAUGGAGAUGCAGGCAAACCUGGCUCUUCAGGAUUACCUGGAAUUCCUGGGAAUGAUGGUUUGACUGGCCCUAUUGGAGAUCCAGGGCCUGACGGUCCACUUGGACAGAAAGGUGAACCUGGAAGAGUUGGACCUCGUGGGACAGCUGGUGUUGGGCCAGAUGGACCCCCCGGACCACCCGGGCCUGGAGGACUUCCGGGUGAAGUGGGAAAAGUUGGAACACUUGGGGCCAUUGGUGUGAGAGGACCACAGGGACCUCGUGGACCAGCAGGGGCCAGAGGUGCAGCAGGGAUGCUUGGCAGCACCGAACUGUGUCCAAACGCUUGUCCACCUGGGACCUCUGGACAUCCUGGCCUCCCUGGCAUGAAGGGCCACAAAGGUGUAAAAGGUGAAGCAGGAGAACCUGGGAAACAAGGACACAAGGGUGAGGAGGGAGACCAGGGAAGUCCGGGAGAGGUUGGAUCCCAAGGGCCAAUGGGCCCUCAGGGACUUCGUGGAGCAAUGGGAAUGAUGGGCCCCAAGGGAGAGAUGGGAGCUCGAGGUCCUGAUGGAGGUCCCGGUCCCCAGGGUGUCGCAGGAGCAGCUGGAGAUCAAGGCCAGAGAGGUGUGAUGGGCGAGCUGGGGCCUAGAGGUGAAACGGGUAUUCUAGGGGCAAGAGGAAUCACAGGCCUGCCAGGUCCCAAGGGAGAGGCUGGUUUACCGGGCGUGGAUGGUCGUGAGGGUAUUCCCGGGAUGCCAGGAGCAAAGGGAGGCAUUGGGAAGCCAGGCGUUCCUGGAGAGAUUGGACUUCAGGGGCUUCCUGGUUUACCUGGUUCACCUGGACAAAAAGGCUUGAGUGGCCCUAAGGGAGAUGCUGGUCAGCCAGGCCUCCCUGGGACAAUGGGACCUGCUGGUAAAACGGGUGAGCGCGGAGAACAGGGAGAGUUGGGACCUGUUGGACCCAUCGGUGAGCCUGGAAGUAUAGGAGAGCUAGGCCCUGCAGGUCCGGCUGGCAAGCUAGGUGCCAGGGGACCCAAAGGUGACCCCGGCCUUCCUGGUCUCCCUGGUCCUCCUGGUCUUCCUGGGGUGAAAGGAGAGCGGGGAGAACGUGGAGAGGCAGGACCCAAAGGAGAGCAGGGAGAACAAGGUGAUGAGGGAAACCCUGGCGACAAAGGGGAUGUUGGUGAAACAGGAGAGGCUGGACCUAAAGGAGAGGUCGGUAACCCCGGCGAGCCUGGCAGAAGAGGUCCUGAGGGAAGUCGAGGCCAGCCCGGCAUCGAGGGGCCGCCUGGCACACCCGGACCCCGGGGCAUGCAGGGGAACAGGGGUUCACCUGGAGUCAGAGGGUCCCAGGGACCUGCGGGUAAAGAGCCGAGUGAUCAGCACAUCAAACAAGUUUGCAUGCGAGUCAUGCAAGAACAGCUGGCCCAGUUAGCAGCUAGUUUAAGGAGGCCAGAGUCUGGUGUAGCUGGUUUACCUGGAAAACCUGGACCUCCGGGGCCACCAGGGCCUCCAGGAGACAAUGGCUUCCCUGGGCAGGGUGGAGCAAGAGGCCUUCCGGGACUCAAAGGGCCACCAGGACCUUUAGGAGUGAAAGGACCUAAAGGUGAAAUGGGAGACAGAGGCUCCAGAGGGCCCACUGCACGAGGACCUAAAGGUCAGCCAGGACCUCCUGGACUUCCCGGUGAGCCAGGCAAACCUGGCUACGGUCAGGACGGUCGGGACGGGCAGCGGGGACCUCCUGGCGUACCUGGACAGCCCGGUGUACCUGGGCCCCCUGGUUCAGCUGGUCCUAAUGGUUACUGUGACCCAUCAGCCUGCAACCUCCAACCAGGGGCCGCCCACCAGUCUCUGGAUGUGAAGGGACCUGCAGGGAACUAAGAGCCACUCUGGCAGAGACAGAAAGACUGGUGGAUUAUCUUCCCUGAGCACACAUUUUUCACACCUUCUUCCCCUGGGCUGUGGUUGGUGUGGUGCCUUUGAUCCAUUAACCUCUAGUCUUGUGUGCAUCUUUUGUGCCAGUCACAUCUUCAUCAGAAGGAGCCAGCAGUAAAAAAAUAAAUAAAUAAAAAAACACACACACAAAACAUUUUUUUGUGCUGUUAAAAUCUAGCUCCUUCUGGUGUGUUUUUCUACCUGAGAGAUGUUUUGAUAUAUUGAGCACAGUGUGAUCACAUUUCUGACACGAAAUGAAAUGACCAUAAAUGUUUGUUUAUUCCACUCUCCUUGUACCUCUGUCUGCUUUUUCCUCUCCUGUUCUCCAUUCACACUGUUUUCUCACAUAAAAGCUCCUCCACUUUUUCACAGAGCAUUUCAGACAGUCGCCCAAAGCAGAUCAGGAUCAGGUUUUUGUUUGGUUUAAGGGCCUUUUUUCAGUUAUUUUGUUCUGGAUGUGCUUAUGUACCAGCAAUCCGCCUGCUGAGUGCCUGCAUGUCUGACCAUCUUCUCAGCCCAGCAGUUCAAAAUAAAAAGGAGAGAGGAUGAAAAUGUCAUCAAGUCACACUGACUUCAGUUUAUGUUGUAAAUCUGUAAAAAAAAUGUUUGAAUUGUGGUUAAUUAUAUUUCCUACAAAACAACCUGAUGUGAGAUUUUGCCUCAUUGUACAGAAUGACAACAGAGUGCAGCUGUGCAUACAUGGAAAUAUAUUCUAGGACUGAGGGAAACCCACAGUCAUGUAAGAAAUAAAGAAAACAACACACACAGUGUUUAAUUUAUUCUUUA